AUGUGCAAGAACUCAGCUAACGCACUACCGACCGCGCCACCAUUUUUCUGGUCCGAGACUGGAACCCAGUUUCCCGGGUCUGCACAAGCCCCUGAGACCGUAGACACCGCCCAGCGGGAGCCCCGGGAUCUCACGGUGAGCGGCACGGGUCCGGAGAGGGGAACGGAGAGGUCUCGGCGCGCAGUGGCUGGGGGCGGCCGGCCGGAGCUUCCUCCCGGGAUUGCUGUCUGCGCGUGCAGCCUGGAACCCGGGGCACCCCGGGCUUCUUGGCCGGGUUGGAAGAACAAACCUGUUGCAAAGCAGGGUGUUGUUCAAAUUGAUCCACCAGGGAGAAUAGCAAAGAGAUUCCAAGAGGAUGAACAGCAGGGUUCUAUGUUGGAAGAAAAAUAUGCCAGUGAGGACAUAAAGGAAAAUUCUUGGGAAGAGGCUCCUGGGCCAGGAGGUUUUGGGGGAAUAAACUUUAUCCACGGAGAAGCAUCCCCUGAAAUGUUUAGUCAAGAAUAUAAUUUUGAGAAAAGCUUGCUUUUGACCUCAAGCCUUGUUACACAUCUCAGGGUUUCUACAGAAGACAGUCUGCAGCAGUGGGAAACAUGUAAUAUACAUACAAGUGAGAUUUCAGACCAUAGUAAGUGUUCAACUCUCUCCACACAGAAAAAAUCUUGGCUAUGUCAGGAAUGUGGAAAAAACUUCACUCAGAGCUCAUCCCUUACCCAACAUCAGAGAACUCAUACUGGAGAGAGACCCUAUGCAUGCAAAGAGUGUGGGAAAGCUUUUAGUCGUAGCUCAUUCCUUGUUCAACAUCAAAGAAUUCACACUGGAGUGAAACCAUAUGGAUGUGAGCAAUGUGGGAAGGCCUUUCGAUGUCGAUCAUUUCUUACUCAGCAUCAGAGAAUCCACACUGGAGAGAAACCUUACAAAUGUAAUCAAUGUGGAAAUUCUUUCCGCAAUCAUUCACAUCUUACUGAACAUCAGAGAAUUCACACCGGAGAAAAACCCUAUAAGUGUAAUAGAUGUGGAAAGGCAUUCAGUCAGAAUACACACCUUAUACAUCAUCAGAGAAUUCACACAGGUGAGAAACCUUAUUUAUGUAAUGAAUGUGGCUCUUCUUUUCGUAAACACUCAAAUCUUAUGCAACAUCAGCGAAUUCACACUGGGGAAAAGCCACAUAAGUGUGAUGAAUGUGGGAAAACCUUUCAAACAAAGGCAAACCUCUCUCAGCACCAGAGAAUUCAUACUGGAGAAAAACCCUAUAAAUGUAAGGAGUGUGGUAAAACCUUUUGCCAGAGUCCAUCUCUUAUUAAACACCAGCGAAUUCAUACAGGAGAAAAACCCUAUAAAUGUAAGGAAUGUGGCAAAGCUUUUACUCAGAGCACCCCUCUCACUAAGCAUCAGAGAAUUCAUACAGGGGAAAGACCCUACAAAUGCAGCGAAUGUGGCAAAGCCUUCAUCCAGAGCAUUUGCCUUAUUCGGCAUCAGAGAAGUCACACUGGAGAAAAACCCUAUAAAUGUAAGGAAUGUGGCAAGGGCUUUAAUCAGAAUACCUGCCUCACUCAGCAUAUGAGAAUUCAUACUGGGGAGAAGCCCUAUAAAUGUAAAGAAUGUGGGAAGGCCUUUGCUCAUAGCUCAUCUCUUACGGAACAUCAUAGGACUCACACUGGAGAGAAGCCCUAUGUGUGUAGUGAAUGUGGAAUAUGUUUCCUUAAACAGUCAAAUCUCACUCAACAUUUGAGAAUUCAUAUGGGAGAGAAACCUUAUAAAUGUAAUGAAUGUGAGAAAGCUUUUCAAACAAAAGCAGUCCUUGUCCAGCAUCUAAGAAUUCAUACUGGAGAGAGACCCUAUAAAUGCAAUGAAUGUGGGAAAACCUUUUGUCAGAGCCCAUCCCUUAUUAAACACCAACGAAUUCAUACUGGAGAGAAACCAUAUAAAUGCAUGGAAUGUGGCAAAGCUUUCAGUCAGAGCAUAUGCCUCACUCGUCAUCAGAGAAGCCAUUCUGGAGAUAAGCCUUACAAGUGUAAUGAAUGUGGGAAAGCUUUCAAUCAGAGCACAUGCCUCAUGCAGCAUCAGACGGUUCAUUCAGGGGAGAAGCCCUACACAUGUACCAUGUGUGGAAAAGCCUUCACUCAGAACUCCUUCCUUGAUGUACAUGAAAGAACUCACACUGGAGAAAAACUUUAUAAGUGUAGUGAGUGUGAUAAAACUUUUCGCAAACAAGCACACCUCAGUGAGCAUUACAGAAGUCAUACUGGAGAAAAACCUUAUGAAUGCACUGAAUGUAGGAAACCCUUUAGGCACAGUUCAGCGCUUGUUCGACAUCAGAGGCUUCAUGCUGGAGAUUAAAACUUGGAAUGAAAUGAAUGUGAAAAGAUUUAU